AUGUACAAGGUUAUAAUUCAGUACCAGAUUAGUCUUGCGCGCCACUACGAAGAUCUUGGACUUUCGCGGUUUCUGGAAGAUUUUGCCACCCCUAAGGACUGGGAAGGGAUGCUGAAUGCCAUCAAGGAUAUUGAGAAGUCGAUCACUCAGGAUCUCAGUAUAAUGAAUGCGUCGACAUUGGUACAGAUUGACCAAACCUUGAAGAAGCUCGAUGGGGAUAUGGAGAGGUCAUAUCAGAUGAUGAAUGAGCCCAAAGUUGCACAGCAAGCCAGAUUGCAAUCUUUUGAAAGUCAGUACAAGACAGAAUGCUUCGAGGGCACACAGGUCAAUGUGCUCGAACAAAUCCAUGCAUGGAUUGUAUCGCCUGGGCCAGAGCAUAUGUAUUGGCUUCGCGGAAUGGCCGGUACAGGUAAAUCUACGAUCUCACGAACCAUCGCGACUCAAUGUCUCAAUCGGAAAUCCCUCCCCGAGACAACUUGUCUUGGAGGAACCUUUUUCUUUGACCAGAAUCAAGGCGAGCUAAGCGCUGCUCCAUACUUAUUCCCUACACUUUGCACGGCAACUGCGGAUUGUCUUCCCGAGAUCAGACCGGAGAUCUGCGAAGUCAAUAAAGACCAUUCAAACAUAUUGUACGAGUCACUCAGCAAUCAAUGGAAGCACUUGAUUCUUGAGCCCUUUUUGAGAUUGGAGUCGCGAAAUUCGCACAAUCGACUCCCAAAAUUGACUCUAGUUGUGGUCGUAGAUGGACUUGAUGAGUGCAGCUCCGGGAGUGAUGGAGAUACCGUUGGCACCAUCCUGGACCUCAUCACCGAGGCUUCUCAAUUAAACUCUUUCCGAUUGAAAUUUCUUCUGGCUAGCCGGCCAGAAAGUCACAUAUUUACAAGCUUUGAUGCUAUUUCUCGAUCUUCAACUUGCCUCCGAACAAGCGAACUCCAAAAGAUCGAACCGUCUAUAGGGUUUGAAGUCCCAGAUGAUGACAUUACAAAGUUCCUGCGGACCAAGACCCGAGAGACCACUGAAAGACACUCUAAUCUGAAAACCGACUGGCCUGGUGAGAAGGCGCUUGAUGGGCUUAAACGCAAAGCUGAUGGAUUGUGGAUCUAUGCAGCAACAGCCUGUCUGUUCAUCGGCGAUAAGAAUCUAAAACAUGCGAAUACGGUUGAAAAGCGGUUGAAUCACCUUCUUCGAGAAAAUGGCGACGUGACAACCCCCGAAGGCACACUGGACGCGAUGUACCUUAGAAUCUUGAAGAGCUCAGUGAUGCAGUCUGCUGUUCCAGAAGAAAUGGAUGACAUUCGCUCCCUAUUUCAAAAUAUUGCCGGGACAAUCGUCGUCCUCUGCCAUCCUCUUUCCACUAGUGCACUCGGAGCCCUUUUAACUAGUCCAAGUUGUAACGAGAUUGAAACUCUUCUGAGCGAACUUGGUUCAGUCAUAUCGAUGGGAAAUGGUCAGGACUCACCUAUCCGCCUUGCUCAAUUGUCAUUCAAAGACUUCCUUGUGAACAAUAAGAGGUGCAUUGAUAAGAACCACCAGGUCUCAAAAGAAGAGAGGCAUUCAUAUUUGCUAAAGAAAUGCCUCACUACGCUUGAGGAAACAUUGAACCAGGAUAUCUGCGGGUUUGCUGAUUACGGAAUUCUUCAAGAAGAUGUUCCCCUGAACAAAUCACGAAGUAUUUGCCAGAGCAUGUCAAAUAUUCUUGUUUGUACUGGGUUGAGCAUCUGA